AUAUGUGAGGGAAAGAGGAGGGGGAGGAAGACGACGCGGCGGCGGCGCAACGCCUGAGACGGGAGCGCAGGAGCCCCGAGGCCCAGCCUGCUUGCUCGCCUGUCCUUCGCUCCCCGGUGCCCGGAACUGAGGGGGGGGAGCCCCGCCGCGGGAGGCGGCAGAAGGGAGGCCGCGCUCAUCAGGGCCGCGUCCUGCUUCUGUUCCAGCCGCUCCUCCUCUGGCCCCGCAGCUUCCUUUCCCGCCGUCAGCCAACUCUUAUCGGCUCCUGUCUGCGUCCCCCGCCGAUCUACCGCUUGGCCUAGUUGCGGUUACCUCUCCUCUGUGGUCCCUCUCACUCCCACUCGCCUUUAUGCCGCUGGAGAGGGAGUACAUUUCGGGGCCACUGUCCGAGCACCGCGUCUCUCCCUGAUGCUCGGACCUCUGGGAAGUGUCCAUCAAAGCUUGCUUGCUUCAACAGACACAAAAAAGUUAAUGGGCAAAAGUACAGUUUUUAGGUGACAAACAGCAUGUUUGGUGCUUCAAGAAAGAAGUUUGUAGAGGGAGUCGACACUGACUACCACGAUGAAAACAUGUACUACAGCCAGUCUUCGAUGUUCCCUCAUCGAUCAGAAAAAGAUAUGCUGGCAUCACCAUCAACAUCAGGUCAGCUGUCUCAGUUUGGGGCAAGCUUAUACGGGCAACAAAGUGCACUAGGCCUUCCAAUGAGGGGAAUGAGCAACAAUACCCCUCAGUUAAAUCGCAGCUUAUCACAAGGCACUCAGUUACCGAGCCACGUAACGCCAACAACAGGGGUACCAACAAUGUCACUUCACACGCCUCCAUCUCCAAGCAGGGGCAUAUUGCCUAUGAAUCCUAGGAAUAUAAUGAACCACUCCCAGGUCGGUCAGGGCAUCGGAAUUCCCAGCAGGACAAACAGCAUGACUAGUUCAGGAUUAGGUAGCCCUAAUCGAAGCUCACCCAGCAUAAUCUGUAUGCCAAAGCAACAACCCUCUCGACAACCUUUUACUGUGAACAGUAUGUCUGGAUUUGGAAUGAACAGGAAUCAGGCUUUUGGAAUGAAUAAUUCUUUAUCAAGUAAUAUUUUUAAUGGAACAGAUGGCAGCGAAAAUGUGACAGGACUGGACCUUUCAGAUUUUCCAGCACUAGCGGAUAGAAACAGAAGGGAAGGAAGUGGGAAUCCAACUCCACUAAUAAACCCUCUAGCUGGAAGGGCACCCUAUGUUGGAAUGGUAACAAAACCAGCAAGUGAGCAAACCCAGGACUUCUCAAUACACAACGAAGAUUUUCCAGCUUUACCAGGCUCCAACUACAAAGAUCCAACAUCGAGUAAUGAUGACAGUAAAUCUAAUUUGAAUACAUCAGGCAAGACAUCUUCUAGUGCAGAUGGACCUAAAUUUCCUGGAGAUAAAAGUUCAACAACGCAAAACAAUAACCAGCAGAAAAAAGGGAUCCAGGUGUUACCUGAUGGUCGGGUUACCAACAUCCCUCAAGGAAUGGUAACAGACCAGUUUGGAAUGAUUGGUUUGUUAACAUUCAUCAGGGCGGCAGAGACAGAUCCUGGCAUGGUACAUCUUGCAUUAGGAAGUGACUUGACAACUCUAGGUCUCAAUCUCAACUCUCCUGAAAAUCUUUAUCCCAAAUUUGCAUCACCUUGGGCUUCUUCACCAUGUCGACCUCAAGAUAUAGACUUCCAUGUUCCAUCUGAAUAUUUAACGAACAUUCACAUUAGGGAUAAGUUGGCUGCAAUAAAGCUUGGCCGCUAUGGGGAAGACCUACUCUUUUAUCUCUAUUACAUGAAUGGAGGAGAUGUAUUACAGCUAUUAGCAGCAGUAGAACUAUUCAACCGAGAUUGGAGAUACCACAAAGAAGAAAGGGUAUGGAUUACUAGAGCACCAGGCAUGGAGCCAACGAUGAAAACCAAUACAUAUGAGAGGGGAACAUACUACUUCUUUGACUGUCUUAACUGGAGAAAAGUAGCUAAGGAGUUCCAUCUGGAAUAUGACAAACUAGAAGAAAGGCCUCAUCUGCCAUCCACCUUCAACUACAACCCUGCUCAGCAAGCCUUCUAAAGACUUCCCUUGUCUUGGGGUAUGGCUGUCUCAGCACAAUACUCAACAUAACUGCAAAACUGAUGUGGCUCAGGCAUCCUGGUUUUUAUUCCUUUUGAGGAUCUGGCAAUUGGCUCAUGCAAAAGGGUCACCAUUUGAAGUCCUGCCUUACUAAUUAUGUGCUGCCCAACAACUAAAUUUAUAAUUUGAUUUUCUUUAGUUUGAGCAGGGUCGGAUUUAUUUUUAUUUUUAUUUUUUUUUGCCAACAGACCAGCUUGGGUCUGUAAAGACAAACAAGUACACUGACAAAAGUUUACCACUUAGUUUCCAAAAUGUAAAAAAAAGGAAAAAAAGAAACAAGAAAUAGACAAUAAAAUUUGCAUUGUUCAUUGUAGCACUCUUGGUAAUAAAAAAAUGUUUGUGCAUUUUUAUGUGAAGAUCCUUCUCGUAUUUCAUUUGGAAAGAUGAGCAAGGUCUGCUUCCUUCAUUUUACUUCCCCUUCAGUUUUUGAAAAGGCAGUUUUCGCCAACUUAAUGCAAGAAUAUCUGACUGUUUAGAAGAAAGAUAUUGCCACAACCUAUGGUUCAUUUCCAAGGUUGUGUGUUACUGAGCUUCAUCUUUCCAGAAUGAGCAAAACACUGUCCAGUCUUUGUUACGAUUUUGUAAUAAAUGUGUACAUUUUUUUUAAAUUUUUGGACAUCACAUGAAUAAAGGUAUGUAUGUACGAAUGUGUAUAUAUUAUAUAUAUGACAUCUAUUUUGGAAAAUGUUUGCCCUGCUGUACCUCAUUUUUAGGAGGUGUGCAUGGAUGCAAUAUAUGAAAACGGGACAUUCUGGAACUGCUGGUCAGGGGACGUCUUUGUCGCCCUGUGCACUAAAGGGCCAGAUUUCAGCAGCCAAGGACAUCCAUACCCAAGUGAAUGUGAUGGGACUUAACGAAGUGAACUGAGACAAUUCACUCUGGCUGUUUGAACAGCAGCGUUUCAUAGGAAGAGAAAAAAAAGAUCAAUCUUGUAUUUUCUGACCACAUAAAGGCUUCUUCUCUUUGUAAUAAAGUAGAAAAGCUCUCCUCA